GCAGCGCUCGGCUCCGGUAGAAGAAGACAACUCCCGCGGAGGAACAACCACUACGCACCUUCACAGAAUCACUUCCCCCUGUUUUCUCGGAUUUCACCGUGUACUUUCACGCAAGUUUUCCGGCGGGGCGCUCGGUUUGUACCGCAUGAGGACGUGCGGGGUAUGAACGCGGCGCGGACGCCUCAAACAAAGUAGAAGAGGAGGCAGAGCUGUGCGCUCGAUGGCUGCGGGGGAUGGAGCCCUGCCGGCCACCGUAGCGGCCAGCCGUAGCGUGGAGAAGGCGCUGGAGGAGGCUGCGGCGAGCGGGGCGCUCAACUUGGCCACCCGCAAACUGAAGGAGUUUCCCCGCAGCGCCCGCAACUACGACCUGUCCGACAUCACUCACGCAGACCUGUCUAAGAACCGUAUCUGUGAGUUGCCGGAGGAGCUCUGUCAGUUCAUCUCUCUGGAGACACUGAGCCUUUACCACAAUGGGAUGCGUUCAUUGUCCCCCAGCCUGGGCAACCUCCAGGCUCUCACCUACCUCAACCUCAGUCGUAAUCUCCUGUCCAGUUUACCCCCGUCGGUGUUCCAGCUUCCUCUCCUGCGAGUGCUCAUCGUCAGCAACAACAAGCUGUCUUCGCUGCCCGCCUCCAUACACUCCCUCACACACCUCCGACAGCUGGAUAUAAGCUGCAAUGAGCUGCAGUGUUUGCCUGCAGAGCUCGGUCAGCUGGAGUGUCUGAGGGACUUAAACCUGAGGAGGAACCAGCUCACCACACUGCCUGAAGAAAUAUCCGAGCUCCCUCUCGUCCGGCUCGAUGUGUCCUGCAACCGCAUUUCCCACGUGCCCCUGUGCUACCGCCACCUGCGACAUCUCCAGAGCAUUAUGCUGGACAACAACCCGCUGCAAAUGCCGCCUGCGCAGAUCUGCUCCAAGGGCAAAUACCACAUCUUCAAGUACCUCAACAUGGAGGCAUGCAAGAGGAGCCAGGAGGAGCUGGAGAGACACCUGAGACCCACUGGAUUCAACAGCUGCCUGUCAGACCAUGAGCUGUUCACAGGUCAGUUUGGUGGACUGGACUCUGGCUUCAACAGUGUGGAUAGCGGCAGCAAGAGAUGGUCUGGGAAUGAGUCAGCAGACGACUUCUCUGAGCGCUCCCUCCGCUUGGCUGAGGUCAGCAGAGACCACAGGAACCUGGAGGAGGAGGAAGAGGAGGAUGGAUCUCCUCAGGAAGCGAACAAAGCGGUGAACGGCGAGGCUGAGCAGGUGGACUUCAUCGACAGCAGUGUAACGGAGCAAGAGGAGGAGGAGAACAAGCUGGAUCCACGCACACCUCCUCUGGAUCAGAAGGAGAAAACGUCACCGUCUCAAACCCAGGACUCAACAACAUGCAGGUCCAGCCUCCACGUGGAGGUGGUCCCCCCGUCGUCGCCCUCCUCAUCUCCCCUAUCCCCCUCCAGCCCCACCAUGGAGGAACGCAGGAGGCCGGGAACCCUUCUCAUCUGGCAGGAGAGAGAGCGGCUGCAGCAGCAGAGAGAGAAAGCCAGUUUGCUGAAGCCAUCGACCAAAACAGGAAGUCACGUGGCCACGGCACCGGAGGCAGGAAGUAGUUCAGCUGGUACAUCUCCAGAGAACAGCAGCUCCCUCGCAGGCCUGCGGCAGAGAUGUGCAAGUGCUGAACAGAUGGGCUCAUUGUCUCCCUCAGUACUUCUACAGCGCUCCUCCAGUAGACCAGAUGUCCUGCCCUCCCCGAAGACGUCUCCUCCACCGGGUCAGACCCAUAAACCCAACAGCUUCCUGUUCCGCACUUCCUCCCGCAGCAAUGUCAAACCCACAGGCUCCAUCUUUACUCUGGGCGAGUCCGGCAGAAGUGAGUCUCGCACGACGCUGCGUUCUCCUAAAGAGGAUAGACAAGACAUCACACAUCUACGCAAGACUGUGGAGUCUCGGCUGAAGAUCAAUUUACCGGAGGAUCUGGGUGAGGCCUUAUCCAACGGCACCAUCCUCUGCCAGCUGGUUAACCAGAUCCGACCACGCUCCGUAUCAAUCAUCCACAUUCCCUCCCCAGCAGUGCCAAAACUUAGUUCAGCAAAGAGUCGACUCAACGUGGAAAACUUCAUCACUGCUUGUCGCAAGCUGGGAGUCCCUGAGACCAAUGUGUGUGCAUGCUCUGAUGUGCUUCUAUGUAAGCUGCCCGUUGUGCUGCGCUGUGUGGCAGCCCUGCUGGCCGCGGAGGGGGGUGGAAUGGCGAAGGACCACUCCCCUUGCCACUCCUCGCCUUUGUCUUCAUCGCCCUCAUCCUCGUCUUCGUCGCUGCUGUCCACAGAUUUCCUGCUCUUCUACUGUGCGGUCAUGGCCCUGCUCUACGUCGUCUACUGCUACCUUCUCACCUAGAGGAGACACACACAAAACAAAGAACUUGCAUAGUCACAGCUCUACACACAUAGUGAACACACACAUACAUGGAAAUUGAAAUGUGUGGGGCAGUCACAGUUGCUAUGUGUGAGGCCAACACACAGCCGCUCUCCCAGCUGUCAUCUCAGACAAUACGCCGCACUGUGUGUGUGUUUUUUCAGUUUACACACGCUCUGUGACUAUAGAGCAGAUGUCUUAAGUCCCGAGAGUGUGUGUUGGGAUGUUGAAGCCAUAUAGAGCAUGCCGCAGAGCACCUUUUAAUAGAAUACACUACACACAGCUCCAUUUCAACCUUUUAAGGAAUAGAAAGCACUAAUGUGAUGGACAGAUACUGUUCGAGAGUAGAUGAGCAGUGAAAUGCCUUAGUUUAGAUUAGCCGUCACUCAGUCACACUGUAAAACUGAGGGUAGAGGUUCUCAGAGGCAAAAAGGAUCUCAGUGGUCAGGACAUGAAUAGGCAGAGUGAAGGAAGCACAAACAUUUACACAGAAUGCCUUUAAUGCAUUUAUACCAAUGCCCCCUUGUUGAUAAGCAGCAGAUACAGUAUAUAACCUGAUCAGGGCCAAAUUAUUCCCAGUUCAUACUGGAAGAUCCUCCUACACAACUAAAAAUGUUGCACAAUAUCUACAACAACACAUGGAGACAUUCAAGUUAGUUUAGUUAAUGUUGAGAUCAGAGCCCUCAAACAAGCACAAGUUCUUGACUUUGGCUCAGUUCAAAGCUGGUGUUGACAUCAGAUCUAAGAUGUUUUGUCAAUGCUACCUGUGUACGUUCACACCUCAACUUAAAGCUGUUAAUUGUACUUCAUACACUGACACAAAAAAACAAAUGCCAACAAAUGCAGCAGCCAUCGAGCACAUAUGAAUCCAUAGUUAGCUUUUAUAGCUGCAUUAACUAUUAUAACUUGCAGGCAAUAGAGCAAGUUGCAUUAACACAACCUGUGACCCAUCACCUUUAAAAAGUGACACGUCACACCACACAGGGAAACUUACGCAUUCAUAUGGAGUCAGUGUAACAUCUGCUGUAAACAUCUGCCUGCGGACGUGAGACUGAACCACUUGGGUCAAGUUGUUUGCAAAGAGCUAAAGACUUAAUGCUUAAAUUCACUUUUUAAAAUUCCCACAAUCAUUUCAUCCCUUGCUAAUGUAAGAAAUAUUGAUAAGUGCAGCUUUGAGGCUCAACACAGUUGUUGUGUAAACAGUAUUUUUUAUGUAAACUGCAGUUUGUUAAAAACUUGUGUUUGACUUUCAAAGCCUUUUCUAUCAGAUAAGAUAACAUCCUACUUACAAACCUAAUGGCUGAGUUCUGGGAUCGUGGCAGAAUCAUUAACCAAACACAGGCAGUCGGACCAGCGUGUAGAGCAGAGUUUGGAAACAGUGACAAAUCUCAGGGGGUCAGCAGGAUGCAUCAUUAGCUUAUCUAAAAGAUCCUGGUUCUAGUCAGUACUGACAGAACUGACAACAUAUCAGAGAAAAGUGUGGACGGCUGGAUAGAUAUUUUUGAAUUUUGUAUUCUUCCACGUCACAAGACUGUUGUUCAUCAGCUUUGCCCAGCAAACCACUGAGAUCCCUUCUGCCCAGUUACAGCCUAAACUCCAGUCCGCAUGUUUGUAGGCGUUCUACUCGUCCUGCCAGAGCAGCUGUUCAAGAACGCUGUUGAAGGAUGAAUAGUGAAUGUGAAUUUUUUUUUUUUGUUGCAUCGAGGCAGGUGCAGGUUAGGUCAAAUGGACCGUGGGUGUUUAGUUAUGUUACGCUGCAAUGGGACAGCGAGACAAAUGAUACAGUGCCUCUUACUGAAUGAACACUGACCACUUGCAGACUGUACUUGUGUCUGCUGUGUUAACUGUGAGCAGCAGGGGGCAAUGUCGCUUCAUCAACCCUGCCCAAAGCUUCAUGCGUCCUACCAGACGGUACAACCCCCCCAAACCCCCCCCCCAGGAUGCUGCGUGCGUGUUAAAUAUAUAUUUUGUGGUUGUCACUGGUCCGUUUGACCAGCUGAUUUCAUAUGUGUAUAAAUGUAAACAGGUUAUUAAAUUAUUGCUUUUUUAUUUAUUUUAUUCCGCAACUUUUUCUAUUAGUUAAAUUUGUCUCCGGUGAAUAAGCAAGUGCGUCACUAAUUUGGGUUCAGCCUGUACGCCAAUAGUUCUUCAAGCCUGUUAAAGCUUCAUUGAAAUAAGUUUGUGCUAUUAAUCACACACACAAAGGUUAAUUAGAAGUAAUCAAUAUUCAAUUAUUCAGAGUUAAAAUAAUAUUGAUUGUUUAAAAGUUUUUGCCCUUCGUUUGAUUUGUAAAUAAUUGAUUCCCGAGAGGUUCGGAAACAUUUCACAGAGCGUUAAAUAACCUGCACUAAUUCUGCCACAUGCUGUGUUGCUCAUGGCCGGUCAACUACACUCAGAUUGUAAUCUGAUCACUCUUCUCCUUUGACUGAUUUGGGCUUUAAAAGAUGAUGAUGUAAAUAAGCGCAAGAUCGUUAAGGUUCAAGCUGUUGAAGCGAGUCUAAACGGAGUUGUCGUAAAAAGUGAAGUAAAUAAUAUAUUGAAGGCUUUUCUUCUGGAGCUGUAUGUGUGUGAGAGAGCAACAUCACUAUAUCAGCCAACCUUUCUCCCUGUUUUCUUUUAAGACUGAUUGGAUUAAAAAUAUGGAGCCCCAACGUGUUAAAUAUAUAUUCCUAAUACUUAAGUAAAUUAUUAUUUGAUUGAAUUUUUUGAUAAUCUGGCAAACUAAAAAUAUAUUCAGACUAAAGUCGUUAUUAUAUGAAUUUAUGUGAUUAUUUUAGUUUUCACAAUGACUGAAUUGGACUGAUCUCUUGCAGCCAACUGAUGUCCAUGUCCUGGGGGGGGGGGGGGGGGGGGGGAGGAAUCCACACCUUUUCUCAAACCCCUGACUCCUUCAUGCAUUACUGAAGUCACUUUCACUGUCUCUAACUUCCUGAAAUUCUUAAACUGCACUUGAACCCCAAAACGUCCAAGUCUGUGAAUUUCUGUUUGUAGCUGGUCCUUACCCCCUGAUUUGACCAAUCGAACAAUGUUAUCAGAAGGAGCAGGACUGGACGUUUUUUCAUUCAAAGACAGGGAUCUAGUCAGUGCACUAAAUGACAUGCCCCUGAAGGCAACCCACAUUAUCCGACCUCUCUUUUUUAGCUCGAGAGACAACGUCGUCCUGAAAUAACAAACUUGCUGUAUCAGUAAAUAAUCUCAGUGCACAAAAACAGUAGAUAACCUCUUUUAUUUAGAUCAAUAAGGCUUCACAUGCUAGUGAGGCAGUCUUGUUACUCAGUAGGACAAUGGAAGUCAACAUUUGUUACCUUCCUGUUGGCUUAAUGUCUUCAUUAUUUUGUCUUUUCUCUGAAGAAAGAGGUAAAUCUGGAGUAAUUCACCAAGCGUGCAAACCCAAUGCAGCUGGUUGGAUGGUGAUCUGUAGUUAGCAUCUCCAUCUUUGUUAAGCUACGUCAAAACAGUGACCAGUUAACCCACUAAAUUUACGGUAUUGAUUCAGAUAACAGGAGCUAAAUGGCUAAUUUUUGUAGCAGUUUCUGAGCUUACAUGCUUAAAGGCCCGAUGAAAUAAAAGACACAACAUUUUCAAUCCUGUGGUAUUAGCUAAUUAUUCAUUUAUCUCUUAUUUGCCAAAUAUGGAGGAAAAAAACAAUAGCAUCGCAUUGAACAUCAAAUUCUGCCAGUUAUGUAAGUGGUGUCAAAGGACUUACUUUUGAAAACUUCAGUAGUGGUAUAAACAAACAAUCAAAUGUGACAAUAUAAAAAAUAAUUGAACUAGCAUUUCAUGUAGGUUCCUUUAUUUAUAAUUGUGUGUAUAUAUAUAUAUAUAUAUAUAUAUUUCAAUUUAUUUGUUUAUUUAUUUAAUAUUGAACAUGCUGGGGCCCCAGAUUUACAAAAGACUUCCUGUUGAUAUUUAAAUAUCCUUUUGCUUCUUGAUUCACUCAUUUAAUAUCCUUUACAGCACUAUUUUUGUCCACCGUCCAUUUCAUGUUCACAUCUCUGCUGUCUCAAGGUCAGAAUGUCCACUGUAAAAACUUCCCUUCCCGUGUCUGAGGUUUUUUAUUACUCUGCUGUUUAGACGAAUUUAUACUGUUUCAAUUCAAAUGUAUAUUUUAUAAAUGAAACUGACUAAGCAGCACACGGUAACUCAUUCACUGGCUUAGACCAAGCUAUAUUCUUAAAUAUGUUAGGGGAACAGAAAUACUGUUGUGUUUUAUAUUUAUAUGAUACUCUUGUAUAAUUGAGAAACUUUUUUGAGUUUAUAUAAAUCUAUAUGUAAAGCUUUUUUUUUGUUCAUCCCGCUGUAAAGAAAUUAUUAAAACUGAAAACUUUGACCAUAUGCUGUUUCUCUGCUUGCUCGCUGUCUUGCUUUUGCAUAAUCUGCCAGAAAGUGUUAUGUGUGAUCAGGGUAUCUGCAGCUGCCUGAACAUCCUAGUUUGACAACAGAAAAAAUCUAAACGUUGGAGAUUGAACGUGGCAGUAUUCGAUAUUUUUUUGUUCCGGUCGUCAAAUCCCAUGAGCCAAGCCAACAAUGAAUGCAUCACACUGACGAGUGUUCUCUGUACUCAAGCUCCUUUGUUGUCCUGCUGCUCACCACACCCACCAGAGCACCAAAUGUAGAUUGAGCCGACGCUUAAUAUAGUUUCCAAUUCCAGUGUCCUCUUGAAUUUGAAAAUUACUCAUCCUUUAUAUUUGUUGUAUUUCUUUCAAACAUUUCUUUCACGUUUAUAUGAUGUUUUCUCGCAUGACAUCUCCGUUGCUUCGUUGUGGAACCAACACAUGUGUUAUAACAUGGAAACGCGUGUUUCGAGUCCUGAUUGACAUUCAACUAAGCACAAAGAAAAGGAAGUUAUAAUGUUUGAAAUGGUAGAAAAAGUUGAAAUAGGACCUUUAGCUAUUACUGGAGGACAAAGAGCAAAUCUUCUCUUCAUCAAGAACUUCAGUCAAAGCUCUGCUGGAAGUCCUUGGGAAGUAGAAACCUCACAUGUUUUUAUUUUUGUUUUCUUUCUAACUCCGAGAUCCAUCGUUCAAAUGUGUGGUAUCCCCUACCCAAGCUUAUCUCACAACUAAAAUCGAAUUCAGUGUGAUUCAUGAAAAACUGUGUCAGACAAAUAAAAUAAAAGAAUAAGACCUUGAAUUUGUAGACAAAAAAUAUUUGUUUACUGCCACGUUUACCAUUUUGCUUAUCAAUAGUUAGUUGAUUUGGUCCUGAUUGGUCCUUAUUGGCGAAUGUGGCAAUGCAGAUAUCCUGAUGUGACUCCUCUGUGCCCCGUGCUUUAAUCUGGUCCGAAGCUCCUCUGUGCUCUGCAGACAGGAGGUUUACCAUCAUAAAUUCCAGCUGGCCCAUGUCGGAGCAGGUGAGUGUGUUGGGUGAAGGUCAGAGAAAAGGCAGCAUCGGCCCGUGUAGGUUUGUACAGCACCAUUCACCAGCAGGCGACUCCAUAAACUGCAGUGUCGCCUUUUUUUUCCAUCUCCCCUCUCUACAUCACUUCAUUCUGCAGUGUGUCCGCUGCCCACACACUCACACCCACCCCCCUCCACGUCUGGAUUAUCAUGCAUAUUAUCAGACUCUAAGGUUAAUCAGUAAUCACUAGAGAGUCAGAAGCACUAAUUAUGAAGAGUGAAAAUUGGAAUUCUUUGAGAUAUUACUGGGAAAUGUCAGUUUGGUGGGUGGGUGAGCUCCUCUGGCAGGUUCCAGGGGUCGCUGAGGACAAUCCAGGGGCCCCGUCUCACUCAAUGAGGAAUAAAGAGGUGCACCAGACGUCACUCGUUACAGGAGGUGCAUCAAGAUUCAUUUCAAAAGCUGGCAUUUGAUGAAACAACUACCAUGAAAGAAUUAUUUUUGCCAUUCGCUGUCAAAACACUUUGCCGGCAAAGAAAAGAAUAACAACACAUCCUUCAGAGAGAUUUAAAAUAAAAUUACUCGCAUUCAAUUCUCAAGGCCAAUGUAUUUACCCGAGAACCAUUUAAUGAUGCACAGUCCAAGUCUUAUGGCAUCACAGUAGGCAACCAGAUUAAGCUACCGGGGGGCGAGGACUUUACUUUGCCCUUUAUUAACAUAUAUAUAUAUAUAUAGAUAUAUGUGUCAGUGCAUAUAUAUUUUAGUAUCAGAAUUUUAAACAUUGCACAUCAAACAGCCACAUCACCAUAUUGUAUUAGUGAUUUACUGACCUCUAGUGUCACCAUGACAUUGACAUUUUGUGACAUAUCUUUUACAGCGCUACGAUCCCUUCUCUGUCAUCUCAUAUCUCGUCAUCUAAACAUCUUUUACAGACAUGAAUGUUUUCAAGGGGAUUAACUUUAGGCUGUCAGUCAGGACUGGCUCAUGUGCUCUGGGAGCGUAACUUUGACAAGAUGGGAUGUAUAGGUUGCAUUGCAUUUAUGAUUCAUAAUAUAUUGAAUUUUUUUAAAUAAACUGUUGAUAGAUAGAUAGAUGGAUACUUUAUUGAUCCUAAGGGACAUUUAGGAAUCCAGUAUCUCAUAAAACAGUCAAACACGAGAGCAUAAGAAUAAUAAAAGGACAAAAUGAGUCAUGAACAAGUAAGGUUAAAUGUAUUCUAAUGGCGGUAUUAACAAUACAAUAUUUGAAGUAUAAUGUGAUUGAAAGACACAAGUAACCGCAGCAGAGUAGUGAAGUAAUACGAAUACAGAUUUAAAGAUAAGUUAUACAAAGUAGUGCAUUAGACUAACAUAGCCUGUAAAAUGAUGAUACAGCAGAUUUAAGUGUAUUUAAAAAAUCAACAGUUGUAAUUACCAUUUGACUGCCAUAGAGGAAACAAUUAUUAGAAGCGCAUACAACUGUACAGCCAAAUAUGUACACGUACACAUAUAUAUUUAUACACAUAUAGAGCCACACACAUACGUACAAACAAACCUCUACCCAUUGAAAUACUGUCACAAAUGCAAAUUUAAAGAAACGCCUCCUCCCCCACACAGUGUCAUCACUUCCUCUGACUGAUGAAGAAUGCUCAGGUCAAAAAUGAGUUGAACAACAGUGGCAAUUUUUGAUGUCACCGAUGAGAAUAAUGACAGCGGGUCCAAUAAGUAAUCUCAUGCAAAUAGGCGCUUCUCAAGCUGUCAAUCAAACCCACCUCACAGGGGCUUCACCUCAAUCUCUCACCGUGUUAGAAACACAAACUCAGCUGGAUGAGGAUAGACUGCAUCAUUUCAGCCUGGCUGCUUCGUAUUAGCCCGAAUUGAUCAAGCUGUGUUUGAGGAACAGGCCCCAGGGACGGCUCAGGCUGCUCGUUAAACAUCACACCUCCUCUGUUUCAUAACAUAAGUGAGCAUGCGGUUGUUUUACUUCGACCCGCCUGGUUGCCUGUGCUGAGGAAGAAGUGGAAAUAAGUCAGAAUAAAUGGCUUUUCAUUUCAGGCCUGGAGGCAGGGUGUGUGUGGAUGUUUCUAUAUAGCCACUGUAUAUAAGAUUGAAAUGAGAUGCUUUAAACAGAAUGCCAUUGAGCCUGUCUUAUAAAUGUGUUAACUCUUUCAGCAGCCAGUUGCCCUUUAUGUUCACACAUCAAGAGCACCGCCAUUCCAGUUCACAUCCACACUGUAGCUCUACCUAGAUAUUCAAUGUUAAAAUGAAACCCAGCAGGUCUUUACUUAAGGGUUCAGUGGACUGAGUCCAGCAACAGGUCUUUACUUCAGGGUUCAGUGGACUGAGUCCUACAGCAGGUCUUUACUUAAGGAUUCAGUGGACUGAGUCCUGCAGCAGGUCUUUACUUCAGGGUUCAGGGGACUGAGUCCAGCAGCAGGUCUUUACUUCAGGGUUCUGUAGACUGAGUCCUACAGCAGGUCUUUACUUCAGGGUUAUGUAGACUGAGUCCAGUAGCAGGUCUUUACUUCAGGGUUCUGUGGACCGAGUCCUGCAGCAGGUCUUUACUUCAGGGUUCUGUGGACUGAGUCCUGCAGCAGGUGAAUGAAAGUGUAAAUGUACCCAAGAUACUUACAUGAUUCUAGCUGUUUUGGUUUGUAUCUUUAUUGUUGAAUGCACUUUUUGGAAGUUGCUUUGGAUAAGAAGCUAAUGAUAUAUGAAUUAGAUAAAGACUUUAAUCCCAUCAAUCAACCACCUUCAUACUACGAGGUAGCUAGCAGCCGUUACCCAGUGAACAGAGAUCUGCAGGAAGCAGUCCUCUCCUCAGUCCCCACGCUAUUCCAGACACCUGUGGCUGAAGAUGAGAUCACGUAAUAAGUAAGAAAACCCAAUAAUGCAGUCUUGCCCAAGGACAUUUCAGCCCCCUCUGAGCCAAACGUAUCCCUGAAUGCUGAUGGGGGUGAUCUUAUUCUUCAAUAGUCGAUAUUAUCUAAAUGCUGUAUUGCCUAAUUACACUCUCGUUCAAUUGACCGCUGUAGCCAAUGCAGCUCAGAACCCAAAAGCUUUACUUAGAAGGCAAAGUAUCUUUCUGUCUCUGGAUUUCCAAGUGAUAUUUGUCAAUAUAUAACUGCAGAUGAAUUAUACUUCUUGCAAAGAUCCAAUGAUAAAAGAGCCACAAUAUGUAAAUGGAGUGAAUAUUGUGAGAAAAUCAAGAAACUAGACUGACAAAACUAUAACUUUAUGAAGUUUAUUUUUAUCCAUGCUGAAGGGGCUGUCUGAAACUUCUCCAAAGUUCCCGACACAGCAGAGCAACAGGCCCGGAGACAGAUUCCAGGAGACUAUAGAAAACUUUAUAGGAAACCUCCUGGAGAGCUCACGCUGUUAGCAUGAAUUAAAAACAUACAGGGGCCCAGCGACACGUAAUGUCUGGCCUCGCUGUCAACACCACCAAAGUUCACAAACUUGAAGAUAUGCAUUGGAGCUAUUGCGUUGACCUCGUCUCGCACUCCAUAAGUUGAGCAGCACACCCAGAGGCAACGGGAAUAUGAUGUAAAAGCCACACAAUGGUUAUUUCAAUUUCAAUGGAACCAAUAUAUAGGUGUAUUAUAAGACAAUUGUAAAAACAGCAGAGUUUAGCUUGUUUACUGUCAUUAUUAGAAUUAUAAUCUGUAGACUGACCGCACAGUGCAGAAACCUGCCUGUUCAUUACCUGCAUCCACUCAGUCCUUUCUCUGUCCCUCCCCAGGAUUCCUUGUGUUCCCCCCAGCUCAUCAGGGAGGAUGAAGGGCUGAGUCGGCUGGCCCAGACCAUCCAGGCGUUGGUCGACCUGGCUCCGUGACAGGAGGGAUUUAACAGCUUACUCCCAUAGACAGCCACUUUGUUUUUAAUUUGCUUCAUAUUGUAUUUACAGUUACGCAUGCCGUGUCCUUCUUCCACACAUCAAAACACGGAUGGGGUUCAAUUAAAAAUUGUAAAUGA